AUGUCGAUUUCGACUUUUUUCAGACAUCAAGCUUACCUCGACGAAGCAGUUGCCUCUGAUCCAGCGAAAAGAGAAAGACUGAGAAGGCUGCACUCUGGGGAGCUUGAUUAUGAAGCUCUCUGCGAAUCGCACGGGUUUGUGGACUUGACGAGAUAUUUGCUGGAAAAGUUCCAAGUCAAAGUAUUAAAGAGGUACCACGAGGCGCUGUCCGAAAGAACCAAGGAACUAGAGGCUGCACUCCCGUCCCUAAGGAAACUGUUCGGUUUGAAACCGUCGUUCAUAAACGAAAGAAUCAAAAUAUUGGAAGCAAAAUCAGAAGAGGCGCUCAAAGAGCCACAUGAAGACAUUGAUGAGAUGCGGCAGGAAUGCUUAGCCAAUCAGAGGAUGAUCACGGAACUCACAAAAGAACGUGAAGAACUUAGCAUGCAAACAAUAAAGAGGAAGUUUGAAGAAAUGAUGCACACUUCCGAUUCCAUGUUGGGAGACGAAGAAAGCCAACUGACGAUGAAAUAUGUAAUACAGAACGAGAAGAUGGCCGACUUCUACACUCAGUUGGCACCAUGGACAGUCGAGGAGUUUUCACGCCGUGCCGUGACGCUUCGGCAAUGGCUGUUCGACGUCGAGUUUCUGUUGGACGAAAAUUCAGCUCCAGGAACAUACAGUUUCCAGGAUUUUCGAAUAUCUGCUCGAGAAGGCAAGAAAUUCGUUCAGAUGCUAAUUUGUUUCUCGUUGUACUACAACAAAGAAAUUGUGUGGUUCCCAUCUAACACCUAUGAGAUCGAAAUCGGGGUUACGCCUUUUGCCAAAUAUUACGCUGGAUAGUC